AUGCCGAACAGAGGCGGCAGAAAUUCAUCGGGCCCGUGGGGCCGCCUCAAGCCCGUGGAGCAAGACCCCCUGGAAAGCAUCGGGCUCCCAUCCAAGGGCGACACAAGGUUACUGGACCUCAAGACUCAAGAGAACUACUACACCAGGAUAGUGGAGCGCUACAUGACGUUUUGCUCCGAUGCAGGUCAGCGGGACGAGCUGCUUCGGAGGUUCUCGUCACUGGAGAUAUCAUCAUCAAAACCAGCCUCUACUCCCAACAACUCUCGACCUGUUCUACCCACAGUUGAUCAUGAAAAGCUUCAGAACCCUGCCAACACCAAGGCUCUGUCCGAUGUCAUGGCGGCUCUACGAAAACUGAGAGAGGGCAUCGUUGCCACGAAGCGGGCUGACGAUUUCGCCGCACAGGCCUAUCUUUUCUGCAUUCGACUCUCCAUAUUAGUCAAGCAUCCCGAAUCCUAUCACCCGGCUAUCCUUCACCUGCUCCGCUCGGUUCACCCACAACAGCCCCUCACAUCUGUCGAACUGCAAGAGGUAGUGGGCUACCUGGUGCUGGAUACAGCUUGUCGGCGCGGGGAGCUGGCAGAAGCCUUUGCACUGCGACGGAGAUAUGACUUGAAGGACUCCAAAGUAAACGCGGCACUAACAGCAUUGACCCAUGAUAACUACGUCGUGUUCCAGAAGGUGAAAAGAAGCGUAGACGGGCAUCGAGCAAAGAUUAUGGAAUGGGCAGAAGGCGAUGUGAGAAUGCACACACUCAAGUGCUUUGGGAGAACGUACAUGUCGGUUGAGUUGGACUUUUUGGAAAAGACGACGGGCUCAAAGUGGCCAGACCUGAAGCAGGCUGACGGGGUUGGCUGGGACCUGGAGGGCAGCAAGGUGGUGAUUCGCAAGGUCAGGGCACGGUGA